CUGUGCGCAAUUAGGCGCUUAGGAGGGGCGCAGGAGGUUUCGCCUCGCUCCAGGUCGCAGUGAAGCAGCCAUGUUGGGUUCCUCUGCUACAGGAUGCCAAGGGACAGGAUCUCAGCCUGCAGACUUGCCCUUUGCCCAUAGAAGAAUUUUAUGUCCUCUUCCCAACUCAGUAAGAGUUGCCAGAAGUCCAAGGUGGCCCAUUCUCUUCGCCAUUCUUCUUCUUUUCUUCACCACUGCCACCAGCAAGGAAGAUCAAAGCUUUUUAAAUACAGUUUCUGCUACCGGUUGGCCAACUGGCAAUGUCACGGCCAUCUCUGCUGAGAAACCCACAGAUCUUGGACACACCCAGGGGGCCCAACACAAAACAGACUUGUCUUUUAGUAGGUUAAUUAAUCAAACUGGUGUAAGUCAGAGAAGUGUCAGCCAGCUUCAUACCUCUCUUCCCCGACAUAUCGAUGCUUUCAGCAGUGACAGAAAGAGGACCAGAAGUUCUUACUCAACAUCAGCCAGCGUUAAUUCAAUGGGUACAAGUCUUCAGGAUCUGGUUUCUUCUACUGGAACAGAGUCUCUUGGCACCAUGGAAGGAAGAUCAGUGUUUCUCCCAUCAAGUAGUGAAGGAACAGCUCAGAACUCUGGUGCUUCCAAGUUCUUCAGAUCUCGUAGCAAUAACUUCCCAGGUCCCACUUCUAUUCCAUCUCAUGUGGCAAGCUCAAGAAAGGCCCUCUUGGACCAGGCGACUACAUAUAAUGAAGACUAUGAUACUGCUCAAUUGGCUGCUACCAACCCCCCAACAGAUGUCACCAUUCAUGUAACUCAACCUCUCUCCUCCCUUUGGGUCUCUGCUAGAUACCCAGUUGAAACCACUGCUCAUGUUGCUAUGCCUACAUCUGUCAUCUCGACAAGAUUGCAGUCAGACGAGACCACUGGGGUUUCUACUCAGCAGCAAGUGGAACCUCUGAGCCUCAGUUGGUCUUCACGUGGACCCAUCUCCAGAAGGAUUGAGCCCCGUGAGGUUUUUCCUCCGUCAACUGCAAUUGCUAGAUCCCAUCUUGAUCCAGAGAAUCCCACAGCAAUCCAUCCUUAUGAAGAAAGUGUCACAGCCUCACCGCCUAUCCAUAGCUUAGUUACAGUGGUGAGUUCUUCAACCCAACAAGCGACAGCAGAUUCCGUCUUGCAGGGAUCUCAACAGCUUGAAGUCAGUUUCAUGACGCCAAUGACAAAUUCCAGUCCAUCAGACACAUCUACUGUGGAAGCAGAGUUUUCUCUUGACGUGGCUAAUAAUGAGAGCGAUUGGAUGGUGCCAGGGUCUACUGAUACUAUUCCUACGUCUGUAGCCGAGACACCAAGACACCAAGUUUCACUUGAAGCGACACAGCUUGCUUUUGCAACUGCAACUGUUGGCCUUCUGAAGGAAACCAAUCCUUCUCUUGAACCCCAGAGUUCUCUGCUGAAAGAACACAUUGAAAGCUUUCCAACAACUCCAUCUUUUGGAACUUCAAAAGAAGACGAGGUCUCCUUGGUUUCUCAUAACAUACUAAACAGCUCCCUGGUGGAAGCAAUCAAACUGGAACCAAAGGACAACACUUCUUCCAUAGUUGAAGGCUUUGUUGGUCCUACAGUGAGCUCCAUCUAUGGGCCCAUCUCAAAAGAUGGAACGGAUGCAACCAGUGUUGGUGUCAGUUUCUUGAAUCAUCAGACUUCUUCCCCACUUAGCACACUGCUUUCUGGAAAUGCUGAAACUGGGCCCCGAGUUUCCUUUCAGAUUGAUCUGUUGGAAACUACAGCCCAUGCUACUGAUUACAGGAAGCCAUUAGAGACCCAAUAUUAUGGAAGAAAGAGACAGAUCUCAGCAAGUAUGAAAGAGAUAUCUACCUCAAAGUCUCCUCUAACUGCUAUGGAAACUGAUUCAGUCAGAAAGCUGACCAAUGUUCAGCCAGUAGAUGCCUUGCCAAAGAGGGGAACUGGAGCUACUCCAUUAUCUCCUCGAAGUUCUACCACACCUAUGUCCAAGAUGUGGCAAACAUCAAAGGAGUCUUCUGAGCCUGAGACAAUUACAGAUUUCUUGGUGACAAAGGUAUUUAGUCUUGGUACUACGAAAAACGACUCUGCUGUUCCAUCACUCCCAUAUUUAGAUAUAGGAGAUGUUCUACAUCCAAUUGGAGCAACCUCAACUAGACUGAUCUACACUGAUCUUCCAGAAGGACACACCACUAGUGCUUCUGUGGAGUCUUCUGGCAGUCCUUCUGUUGAACAGAAGCUUCCCAGUCCAUCACAAUCUCAUCCCACAGUUUCUCUUCCAGGUUUGAUAGAAUUUGAUGGAUCUUUAGUCACCCCAUCCCACCACUCUUUAUCAUCAAGCAUUACCUCCAUUCCCUUCUCUACAAUCAGUGCUCCCGAGUCAACUUCGAAAACGUUUAUCAACAUUACGGAGGGCCAGCUAGUUAGAAAAGGACACCAGGUCACAGGUACCUCCACUGCAAAUAAUAUACAAACGAUCAGCAGAACAACUUUGACCAUUCGUAGCUCAAGAUUCACCACAUCCAGUAAUUCUGAUGUUCUGGCAUAUCCAUCGUCUGUCCUGGAGACCAAAUCCAACCAGGAAACUCCUACAUUUUCUGCUACAACUACGCUGUGGACCACUCAAAGAACUCUUCCAGUUGAGUCAAAAACUACUUGUAGGAACAUCUCUUGCCCAGCGAGUAUCUUCACACCACCUCAGAAUAUAUCGGCUCAAAUCAUGACUUCCCAACCAUUCUUGACGAAAAAGUUUUUGAGCACUAUCUUAGGGACGGAGGCAGCCAAGAAGCACGUGACCCUUGCUGAGGCCAAGGUGUCCAGAUCAGAAGAGAGAGACACAACUACAUUACCCAGAACAAAAAUGGUGACUGGAGUCCAACAUGAUCAUUCUUCACAGCAGCCCAGGUCCGAAUUCACCACCUCACCGUUGAACCCGUCAGUGAAGGAGAAUUUAACCCUGGGUAAAUUCAUUUCAACUGUUCCAGCAGUGCGUAUUCUGUCUUUGUGGUUUCGUCUCCUCAAAAUAAAUUACACAAACGCCUUGAUGAACAAGUCUUCUGCAAGUUAUAAGAAACUGGAAAAAGAAAUUAAAUUAAUAUUAAAGAAGAUGCUGUCUACCUAUGAGAACUUUCUGCAUGCAAGGGUUCUGCGUUUCUGGGAUGGAUCUGUUGUAGUGGAGAGCCAGGUGAUCUUCCGGGCAAUGGGCCUUUUUCCCACCCCUUCUGACGUCAUACGGACAAUUGUGACAAAUGUUGAGAGCCGGAGAAUAGAUGCCUUUUUUGACUGGAGGAUAGAUGUGAGAUCUUUGCACUCAAAUGGAUUCAGCUUGAAAAAUCUAGAACCUGAGACGUUGGCUGUAUUUUUCAGUCUCCUGGAACUGGGGUCCAUAUCAGUCUUUGAUGACAAGAACUUUGUCCAAGAACACUUGGAAAGUCUGAAGAUUGAGAUGAAACUGUUGCUUGGAACCCGAUAUGCAGUUCCUUUGAUCUCGCUGGUUGACAAUCGAAAUACCCAAGGUGGCAUUGACAUAAAUGGAAAUAUCUUCAUCAAGAGCGAUUCUCAUGUGGACAUUUACUGGAUUCUCAAAGCACUGAUUGGACUUUCAAAGUUCUCUGUGGACCUCAUCUCACUCUCCAUCAAUGGUUCAAAGCUCAGUCUCCAGGUCUUCCCAGUUUCCUUCUUGAUAACCAACCGAAUAUUCAAUGAGAAGAUGUUGGACCGUUCUGCUGUAGAACGUCAAAACAUUGUAAAGGAUCUCUCUGGAACACUUACACGGAUACUUGGCAAAUACGAAAAUCUCCUCCAAGUGGCAAUCCGUAAUAUCACAGGCGGCGUUUGUUACGGAGAUGUGGUAUUUCAGCAACCAGCGCCAAGCAACAAGGACGUUCUCCAGACUCUGGCGUUUUCGGUCGAUCCAAAGGAUUACUUAGAUUCCUCCAGUUUUCAAGUGGAUCGGUUCUCCUUUACUGUGGCAGGUGCUGGGCUGAAGCCUUCCUUGAAAAAACCAGGUGUCCCUGUCUAUGCUGUAGUCCUCAUCAUUAUGUUUCUCCUUGCCGUAAUUGCUGUCCCCACCUUCCUUUGGCUGCCCAAAGCGCUUGCUCGGCGUGGCAAAAUCACCAUCAACAGAGGAUCUGAUGCAGGAAUGGAUAUAGAAGCAUUUGAGUUGGAUAAUCCAGGAUAUCAAGCAACUGUUGGAGAGAGAAAGACCAAGGACUCCUGCGUUGGAUUCUAGAAUGCCUGAAGCAGAACAAAAAAUGCAACCAUUUCCUCUUUUGUCAAUGCCACAAUGCAUCACUGCACAGUUUAUUAGAUUGAACUCCCGAGUUUUAUCCCGUGAAAAACUCUCUUAAAACCAGGCAUGUCAAAGGCAACUGGUUUUUUUUUUUUUUGCUAGGCGCUUUUAAGGGAAAGAAGCUGGGAUGCAAAGCUCCACUUUCCUAUUUCAUCUGGGGGGGUUAGAUGACCCAUACUCAGGUACUCUCUCCCAAAGCAUCCAUCCCAGUUUCUUUUAUUAUAAUAAGUUGGAUCUUUUAAACGAUGUCUUUAACGUAUUUCUUGCUGCGCGAAAGAGAACGAAGCGAUUCCGUUUUCCCUGUUUGUUUGUUUUUUUUCCCCAGAUACAAAAGUUUAACCUUGGGGGUGGGAGGGAGAGGGGAACUGCAUUGAGUUAGAUUUUGAAUUUUGGGGGGGUGGGAGUAGAAAAAAAAAUCGCCUUUGGUUUAAAUGCCUCUGAUGGUUGAACCUGUGUCAACAUGUGUACAAAACUGGAACAUGUGGAAACGUGACUCUUGCAGGAAACUUGAAGGAAGGUGGCACUGUCAUUAUUUUAUAUCGCUCUGUUUUUUUUUUAACAAAAAUGUGAUAUGCUUUGUAUGGCUGUGCUGACUGCGAAAAACACAAUCCGAAUGGCUGGUUGGAGUUGAAAAACGGGAGGAUUCCAGUCGGUUCUGGACAAUUGAUCCCAGUGUCCAAAAUGAUGGGAAAAAAGACCUUUUUCGGUGCUCGCCGCAGAGUAGCCUAGCAGAUUUGGAGACAUCCUGUUUUAACUCCCCAAGGGGAUGCUAUGAUUGGAUUGAAUUGACUCCAAAUUAAAUCUUUGCAGAAUUGGAACACAACACCAUAUCAGUUCCACAUGGCCAUUCUGAGCUGAAUUUCUACCUUCCUCUUUUUUUGACUUCCUAAAAAAUAACCUCCCGACCAAAACUUGAUUCUCCAAAGCUGCUUUUUAGCACCGUUUGAACCUUAGAAAUCUUUGACGUCCAGUGUCCUCUUUUAAGAAGCAACCAGACCCAAACGGUGGAAGAACCAACACAAGCGAAGUGGAUGUUUCCUUUUCAUUAUUGCAGUGUUACGACGUCGAGAAUUGGCAGCACAUGUUUUAAUUCUUCGUUUUAUUCCCCCGUCUUGACAAUUUUCAAGGCUCAAUUUGUCUUAACUGAGUUCCGCUGCUAGCGGUGUGUAGCUCUCCAGGGGCUGUCAAACUACAGCUCCCAUCCUCUCAAGAAGGAUGGGAGUUGUAGUCUAAACACUUCCUGAAGUUUCACCGUUGCCUAUCACAGGUGCGUCCAUUCUGCAUUUUUGGGAAAGGUUGAAAGAUCCACUUUGCUGAGUUGUAGUUGGUGACAGAGGCGGCCCCUUUUAACUGCUGAGUUUUUUUCAUUUUUUCCCCUGGCAUUUUACUUCCCUCCCCACCCCCUACUCUUACUUCCUUAGUCUCGCCAUCUGAUGGACUUUAUUGUUUGUUUUAAUAGCGAGCAAGUCAAACCUGCCUGGUUACUGUACUCCUUCCAGGCUUCUAGCUACCAAAACGUUUUGUUGUAUUAAAAUCCAGUCCUGAAUAAAUUGUAAGAAAUUA